CCCCCUCCCCGCCUCUCCAGUUUCCUCCCCCUCCCCGACUUCUGCGGCCGUUGAGGAGCGCCAGGGGUGCCAGUCGCCCGCCUCGCCCGUCCUGUCGCCGCGAUGGGCUGCACGUUGAGCGCCGAGGAUAAGGCGGCGGCCGAGCGGAGUCGGAUGAUCGACCGCAACCUUCGCGAGGACGGAGAAAAGGCGGCCAAGGAGGUGAAACUGCUUCUGCUCGGUGCUGGAGAAUCUGGUAAAAGUACCAUAGUAAAGCAGAUGAAAAUCAUUCAUGAGGAUGGCUACUCAGAGGAAGAAUGCAAGCAGUAUAAAGUAGUUGUCUACAGCAAUACAAUUCAAUCGAUCAUUGCAAUAAUAAGAGCAAUGGGAAGACUAAAGAUUGACUUUGGGGAAGUUGCCAGAGCUGAUGAUGCCCGCCAGUUGUUUGUACUGGCUGGAAGUGCAGAGGAAGGAGUUAUGACUCCUGAAUUAGCAGGAGUGAUAAAACGGCUAUGGAGAGAUCCUGGAGUUCAAGCAUGUUACAGCAGAUCAAGGGAAUACCAGCUUAAUGAUUCGGCAUCCUACUACCUAAAUGAUUUGGACAGAAUAUCUCAGCAGAGCUACAUUCCAACUCAACAAGAUGUCCUACGAACCAGAGUGAAAACAACAGGCAUUGUAGAAACACAUUUCACCUUCAAGGACUUAUACUUCAAGAUGUUUGACGUUGGUGGUCAGCGUUCAGAACGUAAGAAAUGGAUCCAUUGCUUUGAAGGAGUAACAGCAAUUAUAUUCUGCGUGGCUCUCAGUGAUUAUGACCUUGUCCUUGCUGAGGAUGAAGAAAUGAAUCGAAUGCAUGAGAGCAUGAAACUCUUUGACAGCAUUUGUAACAACAAGUGGUUCACUGAUACAUCGAUCAUUCUUUUCCUGAACAAGAAGGAUUUGUUUGAGGAAAAGAUACGGAGGAGUCCACUAACAAUUUGCUAUCCAGAGUAUCCAGGUUCUAAUACAUAUGAAGAAGCUGCUGCAUACAUUCAGUGCCAGUUUGAAGAUCUGAACCGAAGAAAAGACACCAAGGAAAUUUAUACUCAUUUCACCUGUGCCACCGACACCAAGAAUGUGCAGUUUGUGUUUGAUGCUGUUACAGAUGUUAUAAUUAAAAACAAUCUGAAGGAAUGUGGACUUUACUAAAAGGAAAGAAACAGAGAAAGAUUUCAGGGUGUGGACUGUUUCUUUGCUGCCUUGUGAGACAGUUGCAAGCAUGAACAGGACUGGGGAAUGAAAACAGCAUGCAAAACCUUUGCAUUCUUUAGCACAAUCUUCUAUAUUAGGGAUAUUUUACUGAUACAGAUGCUGAAG